AUGCUUGAUCGCAAAGCUAAGGUUUGUUUCAUAGUUGAAGGAUUAAAAUCUCUGUUUUAUGAUGUGAUGGUUUGAAAUCUGGCAGGCAUCAUUUAAAGAAGAGUUGAUGUUAUCUCUAAUGUUAGUGAAGAAACACUUUAUUUUUCCUGUCAAGUCAUGUAUUUAUGUUUUUUAUUUCUUCUUUCAAUCUGCACAGAAAAAUCAACCCACUCCUGUAAGUGGAGAAGCCCCGAGAAUUGUGUGCUCGAGCUUCAACAAGGGGUAAGAAACACGUUUAACUUAUGAUGACAGUAAAAUGCAAACUCAAAUUUAUAGGGGUGUGAUAUUAAACAGUAGUUUACCAAAGUGUCUCUAAAACAAUCUUUUGCCUCUUUCGCAUUUAAUAAGCAGAGUGUAACAUUUGAAACAUGACAGAGAUCUCCCAGCAGAUUAUAAUCUGGGACUGUUCAGAGUUAAAUCUGUUUGGGAUUUGAUUUUGGAUUUACACUGUUUUUGUUCGGUUACAAGACAUGUAUUUAUGUUAUACAUUUCUUUUUUUUGUUUUUUACUGAAUAAGACAAUUCAAAGGCUUCACACAAGACAUUUACUGAUCAAUUAAUCAGUCAGACAAAGGAAAUAUGUAAAAACACAAAAUGAAAUGAGGAAGUUUUAUCAUCUUUUGCUCUCACUGGGAGUCUCCAGUCAAAAACUAGUAAAGUCAGGUCAGAUAGAUAAGAUACUCCUUUAUUAGUCCCACAAGGGGAAAUUCCCAGUAAGGGAAACAAAGACCAUUUUAAUCUACUGUGUUUGAGAUUGAAGGAAAAAUAUAUUUGCGUUAAAAAAGGGUGACAGACCUCCUGACAUGUGUUGUAUGAGGCCUUUUCCUGGAUAAUAUGCAUUAAAAAAGCUUUGUUUUAAAAACGCUGUGUCAGUUUAAAGAUAUUCAGUACUUAGGUUUGUAAUGAACAAGUGUAAACAAAGAGGGGGUUAACUUAUCAAUAACAACAACACAAAAACAGGGAAUAACCUUCAGGUAUUUUAAACCACUGUGAGUGUGCUGCAUUGUUUUUGAUACAAAAAGACACUUUUUCAGUUUGACUCUGAUACUUUCUAAAAGACCAUCUAGUGCAUGUUUAUUGUAAUUUAUCGUCUGAAUACCACCCUGGUUUGAGUCUGUGUGACUGUCAUGUGCCUCUGCGGACAUUUCUGUUGAUGUAUUUGUUUUGUUCAUAUUAAAAUAAUCAACCUGUGUUUCUGUGUUGACCAGUGUCACUGUGUUAGAGGCCUCUAACACAGAAAACUGCAACCCACAGCUUUCUUGGCUGCGCAGACUGUUUAGGCGACCUCUGGUAAGUCUCAGAGCUGUUAAAAUAAGAUCAUUUUUAUUAGUGUGACAUUCAAAGUCAGACACUAAAAAUGUUUGAUACAGUGUGGUUUCAUUUUUAUAUUUGUUGUUACUCGACAGAGAAAAGAUGGUCUGGCUGGCUCCACAGCGCCCCCACCUGGGGAGAAAAACAAUCAACCAAAGAAGAAGAAAUGGAGUAGUAGGCUUUUUAACUGCUGUAGUGUAAGUAAAGCAGAGGAUAACCAGUCUGGACUUCAGUGUUGUUAUAAGUGUUAGUUCUGGUCAUCACCUCUGGACAGAGAAAAAGACUUUUCUUUUGUUUCAUCUGCAAUUCAUGAAAUUCACUCGCUCAGCUUCUUCUUGCAGUCAGUUUUAAAAAGUUUUACUGACACUUUUUCAAACUCUUGAAUGUUGGUAAAGUCUGUUUAAACCAGUUGUUGGUUGUUUUCCAUUAUGAUGCACCAUGUGACAAUAAAUCGUGUGUUUAUAACUGUUUAAUACUGCCAACUGCUGAGAGACAGUAAAGCUCUGAUAUAACCUGGACUCAAAUAAAAGGCUUUAGUGUUAUGAUACAAUAGCUAGAUGUGAACAGUGACAAACAUUUUUAAUGUUGAAAUCUGAGGAAUUGAAAAAGGAAAUAAUACAAACAACAUGAUACAAAACAAUGUCAAUCAAACAGAAGAAAAAAUACACAUUUUAUCUAACAAGUAAGAGAGUUACUGCAUCUGUGCGUGUGUGGUUACAGGUAUGUGUGUGUUUUGAGCAGCUAUAGUCUCACAGUUGUGUUUUUCACAAGCAGGUUGUCAUUUUUGUUAGUCUGUGGUGUAUAUGGAUUCUGGGUAUCUGUCUAAAUAUGGAUAUAAAUCAUGUAAACUACAUGAUAGAUACAUGCAUGAAUACAGUGGUAUGACAGUUCAGUUUAAAUGAUAACAGGUUCCGUUUAUUUUUGAAUGUGUUGCUUGGGCAACAUUUUAGAACUUUCCUACACUACAAAGCUAGGAGUCUACAGUCACUUCGAACAAGACACCGACCAGAUCACACUGAGCACAGCUUAGACCAGAUCGCAUUGAGUGAGACAUCGACCAGAUCACUUAGAAUAAGAAAUCCAACCAAUUUUCGAUUAAGGAAUUCAACCAAUUAGUCCAGGUUCACUUUUCUAAAGAAGUUCAACGAUGCUUGAUCGCAAAGCUAAGGUUUGUUUCAUAGUUGAAGGAUUAAAAUCUCUGUUUUAUGAUGUGAUGGUUUGAAAUCUGGCAGGCAUCAUUUAAAGAAGAGUUGAUGUUAUCUCUAACGUUAGUGAAGAAACACUUUAUUUUUCCUGUCAAGUCAUGUAUUUAUGUUUUUUAUUUCUUCUUUCAAUCUGCACAGAAAAAUCAACCCACUCCUGUAAGUGGAGAAGCCCCGAGAAUUGUGUGCUCGAGCUUCAACAAGGGGUAAGAAACACGUUUAACUUAUGAUGACAGUAAAAUGCAAACUCAAAUUUAUAGGGGUGUGAUAUUAAACAGUAGUUUACCAAAGUGUCUCUAAAACAAUCUUUUGCCUCUUUCGCAUUUAAUAAGCAGAGUGUAACAUUUGAAACAUGACAGAGAUCUCCCAGCAGAUUAUAAUCUGGGACUGUUCAGAGUUAAAUCUGUUUGGGAUUUGAUUUUGGAUUUACACUGUUUUUGUUUGGUUACAAGACAUGUAUUUAUGUUAUACAUUUCUUUUUUUUGUUUUUUACUGAAUAAGACAAUUCAAAGGCUUCACACAAGACAUUGACUGAUCAAUUAAUCAGUCAGACAAAGGAAAUAUGUAAAAACACAAAAUGAAAUGAGGAAGUUUUAUCAUCUUUUGCUCUCACUGGGAGUCUCCAGUCAAAAACUAGUAAAGUCAGGUCAGAUAGAUAAGAUACUCCUUUAUUAGUCCCACAAGGGGAAAUUCCCAGUAAGGGAAACAAAGACCAUUUUAAUCUACUGUGUUUGAGAUUGAAGGAAAAAUAUAUUUGCGUUAAAAAAGGGUGACAGACCUCCUGACAUGUGUUGUAUGAGGCCUUUUCCUGGAUAAUAUGCAUUAAAAAAGCUUUGUUUUAAAAACGCUGUGUCAGUUUAAAGAUAUUCAGUACUUAGGUUUGUAAUGAACAAGUGUAAACAAAGAGGGGGUUAACUUAUCAAUAACAACAACACAAAAACAGGGAAUAACCUUCAGGUAUUUUAAACCACUGUGAGUGUGCUGCAUUGUUUUUGAUACAAAAAGACACUUUUUCAGUUUGACUCUGAUACUUUCUAAAAGACCAUCUAGUGCAUGUUUAUUGUAAUUUAUCGUCUGAAUACCACCCUGGUUUGAGUCUGUGUAACUGUCAUGUGCCUCUGCGGACAUUUCUGUUGAUGUAUUUGUUUUGUUCAUAUUAAAAUAAUCAACCUGUGUGUCUGUGUUGACCAGUGUCACUGUGUUAGAGGCCUCUAACACAGAAAACUGCAACCCACAGCUUUCUUGGCUGCGCAGACUGUUUAGGCGACCUCUGGUAAGUCUCAGAGCUGUUAAAAUAAGAUCAUUUUUAUUAGUGUGACAUUCAAAGUCAGACACUAAAAAUGUUUGAUACAGUGUGGUUUCAUUUUUAUAUUUGUUGUUACUCGACAGAGAAAAGAUGGUCUGGCUGGCUCCACAGCGCCCCCACCUGGGGAGAAAAACAAUCAACCAAAGAAGAAGAAAUGGAGUAGUAGGCUUUUUAACUGCUGUAGUGUAAGUAAAGCAGAGGAUAACCAGUCUGGACUUCAGUGUUGUUAUAAGUGUUAGUUCUGGUUCAUCUUUCAUUCGAUUCUGUUGCUGACGAUUCAAAAUUAUUUUUACUCCAUUAGAGAAAAAACCGCGUGACUCCGCUUUCUGAUCAUGAAGAUGAGCAAAAGCCUCUUCAGAAACUCCAGAGAAGGUAACAAACUCAUUUUGUUCACAGAAUUGAUCAAUUUCGGUGUCACCUGAUGAGUUAAAUCAUCCCGUGACACAAAUCAGGUGUUAUUAAUUCUUUCUUAAAGCUCACAGUCUGUUCCUCUCUUCUUUUUUCAGUCUUGUCAAAGAAAAAAGUCAUCAGGCUGGUGACUCCGUCCUGGUGUUGGAAGAUUUCAGGGAAGAUGAGGAGGAAAAGCCACGCCAGCAGGAGAAGAAACUUACAGUCCCAUUUGCUCAGCAGACUGUUAUCGCCUCUUCAGCAAAGGAAAAGGCUAAUGUAGAGGACAAGUAAGAAAUGACCACUGUGCUUGUGCAAACUUCUGUUAGUGUGACAAAAGCUGUCACAGACCCGUCCCACAAAUCUGAUCAGUUAAAUACAACAAACGGGUCAGUCUGUGGAUCAUUAGUCCAUAUUUGAAGAAACCAAUAAACAUUAACAUAAGCAGGACCUAAGAUCCUAAUGCUGUAGAAUAACCAAUUUGAUUGUUUGACUUCAACUUCAAAUGAAAAGAGCAGUUUAAUACACUCUUUCUGUACCAGAGUUAAGUGUUCACAAAUACAAAACUUUCUAAAAAAUCAGUUCCGUUUUUUAUUUUUGUUGUUAUUUCACACAGUUUAACUAUAUAUAACAUGUUAAAAAUGUAAAAUACUUGAGAGAUUUUGAAAGUUUAACUUAUCUUGAAAAAAGGGGCAAAAGAUUUCACACAGAGGACACUUUUUGACACAUUUACAGCUAAAAAAAGAGAAUGACCAGGCGGACUGUUAAUAUUACAGGCUUAAAAGGGUUAAUGAGGAGGUUGAUGUCUCAAUAAAGAAAGUUAUGGUUUGAGUUAGCUUGAGGUUAUCACAGUCUGUUCCUCUCUUCUUUUUUCAGUCUUGUCAAAGAAAAAAGUCAUCAGGCUGGUGACUCUGUCCUGGUAUCGGAAGAUGAAGAGGAAAAGCCACGCCAGCAGGAGAAGAAACUUACAGUCCCAUUUGCUCAGCAGACUGUUAUCGCCUCUUCAGCAAAGGAAAAGGCUAAUGUAGAGGACAAGUAAGAAAUGACCACUGUGCUUGUGCAAACUUCUGUUAGUGUGACAAAAGCUGUCAGAGACCCGUCCCACAAAUCUGAUCAGUUAAAUACAACAAACGGGUCAGUCUGUGGAUCAUUAGUCCAUAUUUGAGGAAACCAAUAAACAUUAACAUAAGCAGGACCUAAGAUCCUAAUGCUGUAGAAUAACCAAUUUGAUUGUUUGACUUCAACUUCAAAUGAAAAGAGCAGUUUAAUACACUCUUUCUGUACCAGAGUUAAGUGUUCACAAAUACAAAACUUUCUAAAAAAUCAGUUCCGUUUUUUAUUUUUGUUGUUAUUUCACACAGUUUAACUAUAUAUAACAUGUUAAAAAUGUAAAAUACUUGAGAGAUUUUGAAAGUUUAACUUAUCUUGAAAAAAGGGGCAAAAGAUUUCACACAAAGGACACUUUUUGACACAUUUACAGCUAAAAAAAGAGAAUGACCAGGCGGACUGUUAAUAUUACAGGCUUAAAAGGGUUAAUGAGGAGGUUGAUGUCUUAAUAAAGAAAGUUAUGGUUUGAGUUAGCUUGAGGUUAUCACAGUCUGUUCCUCUCUUCUUUUUUCAGUCUUGUCAAAGAAAAAAGUCAUCAGGCUGGUGACUCCGUCCUGGUGUUGGAAGAUUUCAGGGAAGAUGAGGAGGAAAAGCCACGCCAGCAGGAGAAGAAACUUACAGUCCCAUUUGCUCAGCAGACUGUUAUCGCCUCUUCAGCAAAGGAAAAGGCUAAUGUAGAGGACAAGUAAGAAAUGACCACUGUGCUUGUGCAAACUUCUGUUAGUGUGACAAAAGCUGUCACAGACCCGUCCCACAAAUCUGAUCAGUUAAAUACAACAAACGGGUCAGUCUGUGGAUCAUUAGUCCAUAUUUGAAGAAACCAAUAAACAUUAACAUAAGCAGGACCUAAGAUCCUAAUGCUGUAGAAUAACCAAUUUGAUUGUUUGACUUCAACUUCAAAUGAAAAGAGCAGUUUAAUACACUCUUUCUGUACCAGAGUUAAGUGUUCACAAAUACAAAACUUUCUAAAAAUCAGUUCCGUUUUUUAUUUUUGUUGUUAUUUCACACAGUUUAACUAUAUAUAACAUGUUAAAAAUGUAAAAUACUUGAGAGAUUUUGAAAGUUUAACUUAUCUUGAAAAAAGGGGCAAAAGAUUUCACACAGAGGACACUUUUUGACACAUUUACAGCUAAAAAAAGAGAAUGACCAGGCGGACUGUUAAUAUUACAGGCUUAAAAGGGUUAAUGAGGAGGUUGAUGUCUCAAUAAAGAAAGUUAUGGUUUGAGUUAGCUUGAGGUUAUCACAGUCUGUUCCUCUCUUCUUUUUUCAGUCUUGUCAAAGAAAAAAGUCAUCAGGCUGGUGACUCUGUCCUGGUAUCGGAAGAUGAAGAGGAAAAGCCACGCCAGCAGGAGAAGAAACUUACAGUCCCAUUUGCUCAGCAGACUGUUAUCGCCUCUUCAGCAAAGGAAAAGGCUAAUGUAGAGGACAAGUAAGAAAUGACCACUGUGCUUGUGCAAACUUCUGUUAGUGUGACAAAAGCUGUCAGAGACCCGUCCCACAAAUCUGAUCAGUUAAAUACAACAAACGGGUCAGUCUGUGGAUCAUUAGUCCAUAUUUGAGGAAACCAAUAAACAUUAACAUAAGCAGGACCUAAGAUCCUAAUGCUGUAGAAUAACCAAUUUGAUUGUUUGACUUCAACUUCAAAUGAAAAGAGCAGUUUAAUACACUCUUUCUGUACCAGAGUUAAGUGUUCACAAAUACAAAACUUUCUAAAAAAUCAGUUCCGUUUUUUAUUUUUGUUGUUAUUUCACACAGUUUAACUAUAUAUAACAUGUUAAAAAUGUAAAAUACUUGAGAGAUUUUGAAAGUUUAACUUAUCUUGAAAAAAGGGGCAAAAGAUUUCACACAAAGGACACUUUUUGACACAUUUACAGCUAAAAAAAGAGAAUGACCAGGCGGACUGUUAAUAUUACAGGCUUAAAAGGGUUAAUGAGGAGGUUGAUGUCUUAAUAAAGAAAGUUAUGGUUUGAGUUAGCUUGAGGUUAUCACAGUCUGUUCCUCUCUUCUUUUUUCAGUCUUGUCAAAGAAAAAAGUCAUCAGGCUGGUGACUCCGUCCUGGUGUUGGAAGAUUUCAGGGAAGAUGAGGAGGAAAAGCCACGCCAGCAGGAGAAGAAACUUACAGUCCCAUUUGCUCAGCAGACUGUUAUCGCCUCUUCAGCAAAGGAAAAGGCUAAUGUAGAGGACAAGUAAGAAAUGACCACUGUGCUUGUGCAAACUUCUGUUAGUGUGACAAAAGCUGUCACAGACCCGUCCCACAAAUCUGAUCAGUUAAAUACAACAAACGGGUCAGUCUGUGGAUCAUUAGUCCAUAUUUGAAGAAACCAAUAAACAUUAACAUAAGCAGGACCUAAGAUCCUAAUGCUGUAGAAUAACCAAUUUGAUUGUUUGACUUCAACUUCAAAUGAAAAGAGCAGUUUAAUACACUCUUUCUGUACCAGAGUUAAGUGUUCACAAAUACAAAACUUUCUAAAAAAUCAGUUCCGUUUUUUAUUUUUGUUGUUAUUUCACACAGUUUAACUAUAUAUAACAUGUUAAAAAUGUAAAAUACUUGAGAGAUUUUGAAAGUUUAACUUAUCUUGAAAAAAGGGGCAAAAGAUUUCACACAGAGGACACUUUUUGACACAUUUACAGCUAAAAAAAGAGAAUGACCAGGCGGACUGUUAAUAUUACAGGCUUAAAAGGGUUAAUGAGGAGGUUGAUGUCUCAAUAAAGAAAGUUAUGGUUUGAGUUAGCUUGAGGUUAUCACAGUCUGUUCCUCUCUUCUUUUUUCAGUCUUGUCAAAGAAAAAAGUCAUCAGGCUGGUGACUCUGUCCUGGUAUCGGAAGAUGAAGAGGAAAAGCCACGCCAGCAGGAGAAGAAACUUACAGUCCCAUUUGCUCAGCAGACUGUUAUCGCCUCUUCAGCAAAAGAAAAGGCUAAUGUAGAGGACAAGUAAGAAAUGACCACUGUGCUUGUGCAAACUUCUGUUAGUGUGACAAAAGCUGUCACAGACCCGUCCCACAAAUCUGAUCAGUUAAAUACAACAAACGGGUCAGUCUGUGGAUCAUUAGUCCAUAUUUGAAGAAACCAAUAAACAUUAACAUAAGCAGGACCUAAGAUCCUAAUGCUGUAGAAUAACCAAUUUGAUUGUUUGACUUCAACUUCAAAUGAAAAGAGCAGUUUAAUACACUCUUUCUGUACCAGAGUUAAGUGUUCACAAAUACAAAACUUUCUAAAAAAUCAGUUCCGUUUUUUAUUUUUGUUGUUAUUUCACACAGUUUAACUAUAUAUAACAUGUUAAAAAUGUAAAAUACUUGAGAGAUUUUGAAAGUUUAACUUAUCUUGAAAAAAGGGGCAAAAGAUUUCACACAAAGGACACUUUUUGACACAUUUACAGCUAAAAAAAGAGAAUGACCAGGCGGACUGUUAAUAUUACAGGCUUAAAAGGGUUAAUGAGGAGGUUGAUGUCUUAAUAAAGAAAGUUAUGGUUUGAGUUAGCUUGAGGUUAUCACAGUCUGUUCCUCUCUUCUUUUUUCAGUCUUGUCAAAGAAAAAAGUCAUCAGGCUGGUGACUCCGUCCUGGUGUUGGAAAAUUUCAGGGAAGAUGAGGAGGAAAAGCCACGCCAGCAGGAGAAGAAACUUACAGUCCCAUUUGCUCAGCAGACUGUUAUCGCCUCUUCAGCAAAGGAAAAGGCUAAUGUAGAGGACAAGUAAGAAAUGACCACUGUGCUUGUGCAAACUUCUGUUAGUGUGACAAAAGCUGUCACAGACCCGUCCCACAAAUCUGAUCAGUUAAAUACAACAAACGGGUCAGUCUGUGGAUCAUUAGUCCAUAUUUGAAGAAACCAAUAAACAUUAACAUAAGCAGGACCUAAGAUCCUAAUGCUGUAGAAUAACCAAUUUGAUUGUUUGACUUCAACUUCAAAUGAAAAGAGCAGUUUAAUACACUCUUUCUGUACCAGAGUUAAGUGUUCACAAAUACAAAACUUUCUAAAAAAUCAGUUCCGUUUUUUAUUUUUGUUAUUUCACACAGUUUAACCAUAUAUAACAUGUUAAAAAUGUAAAAUACUUGAGAGAUUUUGAAAGUUUAACUUAUCUUGAAAAAAGGGGCAAAAGAUUUCACACAGAGGACACUUUUUGACACAUUUACAGCUAAAAAAAGAGAAUGACCAGGCGGACUGUUAAUAUUACAGGCUUAAAAGGGUUAAUGAGGAGGUUGAUGUCUCAAUAAAGAAAGUUAUGGUUUGAGUUAGCUUGAGGUUAUCACAGUCUGUUCCUCUCUUCUUUUUUCAGUCUUGUCAAAGAAAAAAGUCAUCAGGCUGGUGACUCCGUCCUGGUAUCGGAAGAUGAAGAGGAAAAGCCACGCCAGCAGGAGAAGAAACUUACAGUCCCAUUUGCUCAGCAGACUGUUAUCGCCUCUUCAGCAAAAGAAAAGGCUAAUGUAGAGGACAAGUAAGAAAUGACCACUGUGCUUGUGCAAACUUCUGUUAGUGUGACAAAAGCUGUCAGAGACCCGUCCCACAAAUCUGAUCAGUUAAAUACAACAAACGGGUCAGUCUGUGGAUCAUUAGUCCAUAUUUGAGGAAACCAAUAAACAUUAACAUAAGCAGGACCUAAGAUCCUAAUGCUGUAGAAUAACCAAUUUGAUUGUUUGACUUCAACUUCAAAUGAAAAGAGCAGUUUAAUACACUCUUUCUGUACCAGAGUUAAUGAGGAGGUUGAUGUCUCAAUAAAGAAAGUUAUGGUUUGAGUUAGCUUGAGGUUAUCACUUUCACCCUCGUUUAAACAUUAUGUUCUUACUUGGGACAUGUUUUCAUUGGCAAUGAAAGUCAAAAAGGAUUAUUGGCAGUGCUGGUAAUGUGAAUUAAAAACUCUGAGUGUUGUGUUGGUCAAAUCUCUUCAGAUCUUUCCUCUCCUUAAAUUCAAUCCCACCUCAACUUCAAUAUUGAUUUUUGCUAAAAUAACCUCCUUUUCCACAGAUGAGGUCAACUGUAAAAUAUGAUUCAGUACAAGUAGAUUACCAGCCUCACACACUUGUAGCUCUCUGCUGUUCAUUGUUAUUUAUGGUUUGUUUUUGUCUCAUUGCAGCACUGACAAGGUUUCCCAGAGAAGACUGUCACAGUGGGAACAGAGACUCACCUGUUGGCAGAUCAAUCUUGGGUGAGUACAUGUGAUUUCCUGCAUUCAUCACUUUUAUCCAUGCAGCUACAGUUUGAUAAAACAAUCCUCAGUUUGUGGAGCUGUGAUGUUAAGACAUGAUUCCAUUUGUUGUGUUUGUGUGUCAGAUUUCCAAAUCCAGCCCAGAACUGUUACAUGAACUCCAGCCUCCAGAGCUUGCUCACGCUCACACAGUUUGUUAGGGACAUCAGGAGCCAGGAGGAGGUCUGGAGUGUGUUCCCAGAGGCCCAGCUGAUGAGGUGAGGAGGGUUAGGUCAUUUUACGCCUACAUUAAAGCAAAGCCAUGCACUGCAGAUGAGUCACAAGAAGCAACUUACACCACUUGCAAAAAGUCAAAAAUGUAUAAUUUUUUGUUUUAGAUUAUUGUGUAUCGCCUUCAAACACCUUAACUAUCCUUGAAUAAUUUUAUACAAAACAUGCCAAAUACAAGGUUUACGUUGAGAAAUGGUCUCUGAUUUGUUAGUUUUGUACACCAACGUUUCCUGGUUUGGUUCAGAAAAGAUUGUGGCUUGGAUUAAAAUUCAACUGUGAUCUUAAUAUGCUCUCAAACAGCUUCAACAACAGAAUGUGUUGUUGAACCUACGAGUGGAACUUUUGAUUUAAACUACAAACUGAAAUACAAGAAAAGAAAGGAAUAAUGCAUCAAAAUUAAUAUUGCUAUUCAAAAUUGACCCAAAGCUUUUUUUAGUUUUCAGGAUAUGAGAAAUAUUAAGCUUUUGUCUUUUUUUUAAAAUGAAAAAUCAGGUUUAUUGUGUUAAUGAACUGGCAUUUAAAGGGUAAAAAAAAAUCUGAAUGAUUAAUAAUAGGUAUUAAUAUACAGGACUGAAACUGAGGAAAAGAUAUGAAUAAUAAAAGCUUAUGAAAUAUGUCAAUGUAAGAUAAUUCAAAUCAAGUAUUCUGAUUGAAUGGGUUUUUUAAAUCUGACAUUGUAAAAAAAAAAAAAUUACAUACCCCCAAAUCAUUUUUACUGGUGAUCACAAAAAUGGUCCAAGCUUAAUUUUUAAUUUUUUUUUUAUUUUGAAAGUUUCCUCAUUUUUAUGUUGGAAAAUAGUAUAUUUUUUCAAUGCAUUGUGUAUGUAGACUGGGAUAGGGUUAAAAUUCUGGAAAUUAUCAUUUGAUAUUUAUAAACAGAGUUGAAGCUGGUUAAAUAAUUGUGAUUCAUUAUAAGUUAAAAACAAUAUUUAUGUAUAAUUUUAUGUCAGUUUUUGGCUUUGAACUUACUCUUUGUCCUGUACUGUAAAAAGAGAUUUUUUUUAAGUUUUAAAAUUGAUUCAACAUUUAAUAUAAAUGAACAAUAAAUCUGCUUAAAAGAUUUGACCCAUUAAACAAAGAGAUAAUAUCCAUGUAAAAAUAUUUCAUGACAGGUUUUUUUUUUUUUGUUUGUUUUUUUUUGCCAAGGAUAAGUUAAUUUCCGGAUACCAGGAACUUUCUGUUGCUGAGACAUGAAGCUUCAGUUUAUCUGCAAAUCUUUCAACCAAACUGAAACUAGCUCCUCUCUGUUUCUCUGCAGUUAUUUCAUGGACAUCGCAUGUCUCCGUGACGUAGGUGACAGGCGCCGCAAACUUGAGGCUCUGUGUGAAUUGAAGCGGAUUAUCUCUGUCAAGGCUCCAGAGUUUGUGGACAACCAUCAAAAAGUAAGUCAGCUUGUUUUCUUUGAAGUUUCACUAGCUGCUCCUUGUCUGCUUAUCCAGUCAAACCUGUGUUUCUGUUUGCUCAGGAUGCCCACGAGUUUUUGAUUGCUGUUCUGGGUCAGAUGAGGGACCUGGCUGCGCCGCUGGGGCAAGUUGCCUCCAUACUGGGGAGGACCUACAGUUGUCCUGUGGAAAGGAACCUGGUGUUCAAGAUGCAGAAUACUCGAAAAUGCAAGAGGUAAAAACAUACAGAUGGUUGCAGGACAAAUUUACCUCCAGUUUGACUCAUUUGUUUAAUUUUUUUGCUCAUUUUUAUCAAGUAAGGUCACCUAAACCUAAAGUAAUCUUUUCUUUUAUCUUUAAAUGUUUUUUUCUCAACAUGUAUAACUUCAGUAUAUAAUUAUAUGUAUUGUCCCUUUAACGUGCAGAUGUGGCUCCCCCUCGGUGAGAGAAGAGGAGUUCCUAAAUCUCUCUCUGGACCUGAUUCCUGGGGGUUCGGUGCAGCAGAUGCUGGAGGAAUACGAGAAGGUAUAGACGCUGGACUUCUUUAAUCAACAUCCACAUUGUCUGUUAUGAAGCCACUCAAAUGUUUCACUCUGCGGUUAUUUUUGGUUGUUGUUUUUCCAUGUUUACUGUACACUGUAUCUGACAGCAUGUUUUCUCUGCAGGAGACAGACUUGGAGUUCAGUUGCAAGUGUGGAGGCAAAACUUCAGCACAAUGCUCCACCUUCACAACCCUGCCGAAGUGGGUGACGUUACAUCCAUCACAGACUCACUGUUUCCCUCUGUUGCAGACACAUGCACAGAUUAUUUUCUGUUUAUUUCUCCUCAGUACUUUCAUGCUCAGAAAUUCCCUCAGUUUAAUAAUCCUGUGGUCAUUCCCUCUGUGCUGCUCUCCACAGUUUCUUGGUGCUCCAACUGAAAAGGUUUAACUUCACUGAGACCUAUGAGCUUGUGAAAUGUCACGACCCCGUGGACCUCACCAGGGAACUUAUAGUGACAUCUAGCCAGGUAAGACAUUUAUGCACCAGAGUGUAAGAGUGUAGAAGUGUGUGCGUGUGUGUGUGUGUGUGUGUGUGUGUGUGUGUGUGUGUGUGUGUGUGUGUGUGUGCGUGUGUGUGUGUGUGUGUGUGUGUGUGUGCGUGCGUGUGUGUGUGUGUGUGUGUGUGUGUGUGUGUGUGUGUGCUUCUUGUUUCUAACAGUUGUUCUAUGUGUUUGCUCUCAGGCUAAGAGCUGGUACAGUCUGGUUAGUGUCAUCAGUCAUUUAGGCAGCGAAGGGAACGCAGGUAAAAUAUUCACUCAGUAAGGGUCAGAUCAGCCAGUGCAGUCUUCUGUUAGGUCCUCAGAUCCAUAACAGAUGGAUAAAUGCCAAUCAAAGGCUGGAGUCUUUCAAGUCUCAGGAAUAUCAAAUUAACAUUAGCCUUCAAACCAUGUCUUUGUAAGAAAGAUAAAACAUUAUGAAGUCGUUGAAUCAGUUCAGCAAAAGGUACAGCCCACUCUUGGAUCUUGGUAACAUUUUCCAUCAUUUUACUUUCAAAGAACUGCUGAACUUAUAAAAAUGUUUGAAGAAAUUUGUUAUAACCAUUUUUUAUGAUUUAUAAUCACAUAUUUUGUAGGCUAAAGCACCAGAAUUAGUACUUCAUACAACACUCUAAACCAGUGUUGUAUGAAGUACUAAACAAAUAUACUUGAGUUGAAGUACAGUUACCUUACCAGAAAAUGACUCAAGUCAAAGUGAAAGUCUCCCAUGAGAAUUCUACUGAAGUCCAAGUCUUGAAGUUUAUCACAUUCUUUCCACUUAAGUAUCAAAAGUACUCAAGUAAAUGUACCCCAAGUAAAAGUAAAAAGUCAACGUCAAAGUACAAACAUAUUUUUAAUUUUUGCAAAAGCUACUUAUGCCCAAAUAAGCACACAUUUCAGAUAGAUGCAAGCAACAGCUUAGAAAAAUUAAUGGGAGGGAGGGACAGAACCCUGGUUACAGCACUGAUCAGGAGAAACAAUAGUGCAUCCUCCAACAAAGAACUUAGGCUGACAAUUUAACACAAUGAGAACUGUCAAAAAAGCCACUGGACAUUUAGGUGGGCAUGUCAGCAGCCUGCAAGCAGCUGCGGACGUGCCCAGGCUUGAGUGACCGAUUGAUAAUGAUCAAGUGCAAUGCAAAUCAACAAUAGGUACAAGGGAAAAAAAGGUUUUCCCCCUUACCUGCUGUCAUAGCAACAAAGUAAAAAAUAGUAGUAGUGAAGAUGCUUCUGUGAAAUGUAGUGGAGUAAAAGUAAUGCUACGUACUUACUGUACAACACUGUUCUAGACUUUGCAAUUCAUUGUAUUAAAAUUUCAGAGAGCCUACUAACUGUUAAAGUUUAUGAAAUGACACAAGGCAGAACAACUUUUGAUGGUGAGAUCACUUGAUUUACGCUUUGACAGCUGAGAUCCCAGAGUCUGCUGUGACUGCAGACAUGGGGUCCCUCUACAGAUUUGUCUUAAAGCCAUCAUGCAGCGUUACCUUGAAUGUUCAGAGAAAAUACUGAGACAUCUGAGAAAAUUUGUGUGUUCAUUUUUACAAGAGAAUAACCUUUUGACAUUAAGCCAAGUUGUAAAGUUCCCUCUACUCUUGUUCUUUAGUCAAACCUGCUCUGUCUGCAGCUCAAAUUAUGGACCACUACUGCCCCCUGUGGCCGACUGCAUUAAUACCUAAUUGUCCCUAUAAUGUACAAAUGAAGGCUGCUGUUAUUAAGUUUUCCUUCAGAGCAUUUUGACUAUUUCACCCUGACUUUCUUGGAGUUUUGAUCAAAUGUUUUCUCACAGUAAUGGAUCAUUUUUAUUCCAUGACUGUCUUUACAUCAACACAUAAAACAAACAAAUAUAAAAUCACAAAAGACUCACAUGUUUAUGGCUAUAAUGCUGUUCAGCUGGGUUUAUUCAGUAAUCUUGUCUGAAAUUCGCUCCAACAUUUGAUGCAAACUCUUCUUCCUCUCCUGUUAGGACACUACAUCAGCAGCGGGCUGCACCCUGAUAUGGAUCCUGAGACUACGGGUGAUCUUUGGCUAAACUAUAAUGACUCCGAGGUCACCUGCAUGACAAGGGAGAAUGUGUGCCAAAGUUUGGAGGAGUCAGCAUAUCUCCUCUUUUAUCAGAAGAUGGUGAGAAAAAUACGCACAUGUUAAGCAAACACAGAUUAUAAUUAAUUAAGCUGAAUUCUCCACAAACACAGGUUAUUAACUGUCUUUAUGUCUGUUUUAGGUAUAA